AUGAUUUUGAGCGCGAGCCUGGAUCGAUUUGACGAACCGUUCUUGCCCAUUGUUGCACCCCAUGAAUUGUCCGUUGUGAAGCAGCUGCCUAUGACCUACGGUAAGAUCACGCUUGGAUCAAACCGAGAUGCGGACAUUUUGGUGGCCGGCACCGGCGUCGAAUCCGUGCAUUGUGCGAUCGAGAACAAUAACGGCGUGGUCACUCUUCAUCCCAUAAAUGGCAAUACGUUUGUCGAUGGUGUAUCGAUAAAUUCGCCAGUGAGACUCGCGCAAGGUUGUAUGCUAUCGAUAGGCCGAUCGAAUUAUAUGCGCUUCAAUCACCCAGCCGAGGCUAAACACCUACGAUCCGUCCUUCCCCACUCAAGAAUCUCAAUGGCGCCGAUAAGUUUUGCUCUACCUGACGGCCAGCCACAGGAGAAUCACCAUUUGGAGCGAAAGCCACCAGUCGCACCGCGGAAAUCUCCCAGGAAUUCUUGCUCCGAUGAGGAGAUGGGUUUUCUAAGCAAGCUGACCAAAUUCGAGAUGCUGUCGAAGCAAAACAGGACUAACUGUGUUUCGCCGAAAGUUUUUCCCGCCGGCGCUCUUACGACAAACGUACCGGCCGACCAAAUUCUCGGCCACUCGAGAUCGUCGAGUCUGGUGUCCUUGACAAAAUCUCCAGUGAACGGUUUCACCGCAAAUGGUAAUGCCGAUCUGUUAUCACAGAGCUCGAUCGGUUAUCACGACGAAGCUCGGCGUCAGCGAUCGGACUCGCGUCUCAGUACACCAACUCGACCGAAUGCGAACAACUUGCAGUGUCAGAAUCACAAUCAGAUCAGGAUGUUCUCGGCGGAAACAUAUUUGAAAACGUGCAAGCCGUAUUAUCACGAGAGUAACAAAAAUGCUCGAUCACCAUCCUUCGGAGUGACAUCUUCUCCGAAGAUCGUCACUGCCCGAAGCGACGACCUCAUGUCUCGAAGUAUGACCUGUCAAAGUUCGAACGAACUCGAUCAUCUUGUCGACCGGGAUUUCGAUAUGAGCCAGAGCCUUAUCGUUACGAAAACGACUACCACGGAAUUUGUACAAUUGGAGAAAUAUGGAUCGAAUCCGAGCAUCUGCAAUCCCAACACCGGUGAAAAUACCAAUGUCGCGAUCUUGAGGCCGUCUACCGCUCAUGGCUUCGGAUCGAAUCCAAAUAUCAAGCGUAUUCUACCACCGAGUCCGGCGUUUAAUCGGAAUCCGAGGUACUGCGCAAAGAAAAUUUACGCGAGGGUCAAGAGUCCUACCCCGAGUGUUGGCAGCAGUUGCUCCCUCGAAGAAUUGCGAGAAAGGCAAGCCGACGCGGAGAAUAAACGCAGGGAGGCGGAGACCAAGCGGAAACAAGCACAGGAAGAGAGGUUGCGAGAGCAAGAGGUCGAGAGACAAGAGAAAAUGAGGCUCGAGGAGAUCUUGGCAAUGUGUGCCGAAUACGAAAGACAGACUACCGUCGAAAAGCCGAGGCAGCCUAAUCGAAUUAUAACAAAUGGAUCUCUUCCGCGUGACAAGAGACUCGGUUACACUUCGCCUUUCGACAGUCCGAAGAGUCCGUCAAAAAAUCAGCCGCAUUUCUCUUUCGAUGCUGGCAAGCAAACCAAUUGGGGCACCUCGUCGUACGAAAACGUAUCUGUGCAAAAUUCGAAAGUUAUUUUUCAAAAUGGCAGUUUACCCACCAAUCGCAGGGAUCAAUCUGCCCAAGUUGACGAUCAUUCGAGUGAUGUUUCUGCAGGAUCGCCACAUGCAAUUGUACCGAGUAAUAAUCAACUGGCGAAUUGUUCUAGUGUUCACAAUGCGAAUGGCAGCUUCUCAGACUCGAUUUCUCGUAGCGGUAAUUACGAAAAUGUUAUUCCCGGCAAUAAUGAUAAAAAGAGCAGCAGUUAUUGCGAUCGAACGGAGAAUUACGUAAAGGCUGAUGAUAAUAUCAAAGGCUCGCCGUCCACAUACGGCACGAUUAGACUGAACGGCACGAAAAUCGAACCGCAGCAAGCGACACAAAAUGGAAACGCGAGUCAUUACGAAAACGUCGUGUUAUCCCCAUCGACGCGGAAUAACAAUCAAAAUCAUUCCAUACCAAAGAAAAAUGGUCAAUUGUCAAACUCGUGCGAGAUGAUAGAAAACAAGCUGGCCAUAUCGAACGACGACCUCCUGGAGGCGAUCGAGCAGUUAUCUAUGCUUUCAAAAUCCAAAGAAAUCUGCGUGACUCCUAAACGAAACAAUUCUGAAAAAGAUAACGCGAAAUCGAACGAGGUGAAAGCCGACAAAAAGAGGAAACAACUGGAAGAGGAAGACAGGAAAAAAUACAUAGAAUUUUUGCAAAAUGAGAAGCUGCACAUUCUUAGCAAUAUGGAUGCUCUGAAAAGAAGUGUCGCCGAAAUCGAAAUUCAGGAAGAAGAAAUUAGUAGAGAGCUCGAAUUGGAGAAAGCGCUUUUAUUCGCGGAGUAUGAAUCAGAAUCCUUGAAGCUCUCGCAGGACGAAGGAGAGAAGAUACAGGUGCAAAUGCGAAUAAAUGAACUAGAGAGAGAAAUGGCGGAGGAUAACGCGACUCACUCGAAUUUACAAGCUGAAGCCAAACAACGUGUUCAAAAAGCGCAACAAGUUUGCGCUCGAUUGGACGAACAAUUGGCCAAUUGCACAGAUGAAAUUAUGCAGCAGGAUAUUGCUGACAAGUUAACGGCGCAACAAGAUAUUCUAGAGAGUGAAAGAAAAGCUUUCGAGGACUUGGAGUUUCAUCAUCUUGAAGAAGAGGCGAGUAAAUUGGCCACAAGAGAAGAGUUGCAAAGAUAUUUGAGCGAUCUUACGAACAAGAUCGAAAGUAGAAAAUCGCAAUUGACUCAUUUGGAAUCGCAACGAUCCGAGGCAAAGAAUACGGCGACCAAAGAGGCUAGGAGUUUAGAGAGACAGAAAUUAGGACAUUUGAAACGAUUGGAAGAAGCUCGAAAUCGAGUGCGAGAAAUAAACGAGGAGCUUGGCUACUUGGCCCAAAAUUCUAAUGAAUAUUCUGAAGAGAAACGGUCUCCGAGUAGAGAAGAUUUCGACAGAAUAUCCAGAGUGACCAAUGAUUCUCCUAUCGUAAACAAUCAAGGUAGUUUAGGAAGGAAAACAAUCGAGUCACUAAAGGAAAUCGAGAGAAAUCGACAGCUUCAUUUGGCUAAACAAGGGAGUCAAGUAAUUUCGGAGGAAAGACGUAGAGUCGAAGAAUUAAAAAGGCGCGUGCAGGAUGAAGUUCGCUCGCAAUGGGAAGAAAGAAAAAUGAAUUGUGCAUCUUUCAAUAGCGUCGAAUCUGGCGAAGAGUCUUCCAGUUAUUCCACCGGACCAACAGAAAGUGGUAGCGGAAGCACCGACGGUGCGGAAGGCGGAAACAGCGAAAAAUUAUCUCCUAGCAAGCUUUCGGAACUUACUUCACCCAGUCCAGGACCGUCGAAUAAUUCUUAUAGUUUACUUCAAAAUGAUAACAUGAGAGACGACAGAAGAACAUCGAUGGAAGGUGAGAGACUUAGUGACAACAGCGGCGGAGGUGGUGGUGGUGGUGGUGGUGGUGGUGGUGGCGAUGGUGGUGGCGGUGGCGGUGGCGGUGGCGGAGGCGGAAUUAUCGACGGAAAUGGAAGUCGCCCGCUUUCUCAGACAUCUAGCGAGAUGGAUACCCUUGGACCACUACAACCUGUCAAAUAUCGAGAAAAGGCAAAACUUCAGAGGCCACUUACGAGGUACCUUCCAAUCAAAUCGGAGUCCUUGGAUCUAAGGCAUCACAUAGAAACUGCUGGACACCAAUUGCCUCUGAUUUAUGAUGUUACGGUCGACACGACAAGUUGCAGUGGUUAUUUAUCAAAAAUGAGUAAAAAGUUUCACCAUUGGAACAAGCGAUGGUUUGUAUUUGAUCGCAAACGGAAGACAUUGUCUUACUACAGCGACAACACGUCAAAAAAAGCCCGUGGCGUAAUUUACUUCCAGUCGAUCGAAGAAGUCUAUGUGGAUCAUAUGAACACCGUCCGAUCGCCACAACCGUCUCUUACCUUCAUUAUCAAGACUACGUCUAGACUUUAUCAUCUCAUGGCACCCAGUCCGGAAGCUAUGCGUGUUUGGGUAGACGUUGUAUUUACCGGGGCAGAGGGAUAUCAUGAAUUCGACCACGGCGUUUGAUUCAUAGUUAUUUAUAAAGUAAAACAAAAUUUUCACGGUCCAGAACUUUUUGGCGAAACACGAGAUUAUAACAACUUCUGAUUUUUAAUAACUUUAUAAUUCAUAAGGAAUUAUAUCUAAAAUGAGAACAAUU